UCUCUCUCUCUCCCUCUCCUGUAUGUCCAGUGUAUUUGUUGUGUUGGGGGGGACCCCGGUUUUGUGUGUGUAAGUGUGUGUGUUUAAGUGUGUUUUUUAGCCAUUUGCAAGUACACAGAGGACUGAUAACAUCCCAGGAUGCAUCAGCUGCUCGCCGUGACCUCAGCGCUGGUGGCGCUCUGCUGCCUGGGGAGCGUGGACUCUUCAGCCUACGACAAGAUCGUCACCCACAGUCGCAUACGGGCCCGGACUGAAGGGCCCAACGUGUGUGCUCUGCAGCAGGUCCUGGGCACCCAGAAGAAAUACUUCAGCACGUGCAGGAACUGGUACAAACGCUCCAUCUGCGGCAAGAAGGCGACGGCCCUAUAUGAGUGCUGUCCUGGGUACAUGAGGCUGGAGGGGAUGAAAGGAUGCCCUGCAGUGGCUCCCAUCGACCACGUGUACGGUACGCUGGGGCUCGUCGGGGCUACAACCACACAGCAGUACGCCGACACUGCCGAGCUGAGAGCGGAGAUUGAAGGCCAAGGCUCCUUCACCCUGUUUGCUCCGAGCAAUGAAGCCUGGGACCAGCUCGACCCUUCUGUGCGGUCUGCCCUGGUGAGCAACGUGAACGUCGAGCUGUACAACGCUCUUCACUUCCACAUGGUGAACCGACGUCUUCUGACAAAAGGGAUGAAGGACGGCAUGACUGUGAAUUCCAUGUACAACGACCUGGGGCUCCACAUCAACCACUAUUCGAAUGGGGUUGUGACAGUGAACUGUGCCAGAAUCAUCCACGGUAACCAGGUGGCCACAAACGGCGUGGUGCACGUGAUCGACCGGGUCAUCAGCGCCGUGGGCAGAACCAUCAAGGAUGUCCUGGACGUGGACGAUGACCUCUCCUCCUUCAACGCUGCAGCUUUGGCCUCUGGUAUGAUGGACAAGCUGGACCAGCCGGGACAGUUCACCCUGUUCGCACCCACCAACGAAGCCUUUGACAAACUGAACCCAGGCUACCUGGAGCGUAUCAUGGACAACAAGGAUGUUAUUGCAGCCCUUGUGAACUACCACCUGCUGAAGACUGUCCAGUGCUCCGAGGCGAUCACGGCCGGAUCGGUGUAUGAGACGGAAGAAGGCAGCAACAUAGAGAUCGGCUGCGACGGCGACAGUCUGACGGUGAACGGCAUCAAGAUGGUGCUGAAGAAGGACAUCGUCACCACCAACGGCGUCAUCCACCUCAUCGACCAGGUGCUCAUCCCCGACUCAGCCAAGGACGUGUUUGAGCUGAUGGGAGAGACACAGAGCGUGUUCACCGACAUGGUGUCCGAACUGGGAUUAGCCUCCGCCAUGCGUCCGCAGACUGAAUACACGCUUCUGGCCCCAGUCAACGGAGCCUUCACCAAUGAGGUGAUGUCGACAGAUCAAAAUCUGCUGAGGUACAUCUUGGAAAACCACAUCCUGAAGCUGAAAGUCACACUGAGCGAGCUCUACAACGGGCAGCUGCUAGAAACUCUGGCUGGCCAGCUCCUCCGGGUCUUCAUCUACCGCACCGCUGUGUGUAUAGAAAAUGCCUGCAUGGUGCGUGGCAGUAAGGAGGGAAGCAACGGGGCCGUCCAUCUUAUGAACUCUCUCAUCAAACCGGCCAAGAAGACGAUGUACGAGCUCCUGCUUGCUGACGGACGCUUCAAGAUUUUCCUGUCACUGAUGGAAACUGCCGAUCUGACCGAUCUGCUGAAGCAGGAAGGCUCCUCCACCAUCUUUGCACCGACUGACGAAGCGUUCGACGGCCUGAGUAGAGAAGACUUCGCUCUGCUCAGAAGUGAUCUGAAUGUCCUGAGAACCAUCCUGCUGUACCACUUCAGCAAUGGCAUCUUCAUUAAUGGAGGACUUGAGGGAGGAGUUACCAAUCUGCUCAAAACGCUGCAGGGCAACAACCUGCAAGUUAAGUCUGUUAACAACUCUAUUCAUGUCAACUCUGUGCAAGUUCCUUCCAGCGACCUUAUGGCCACAAAUGGCGUGAUCCAUAUCGUGAAGAACGUUCUCUAUCCCGGAGAUCUUCCUGUGGGCCGUCAGGAACUCAUGGUCAUCCUGCAGAAACUGAUCCGAUACAUCACGAUAAAGUAUGUCUCUGGAUUUACUUACACUGAGAUCCCACUCACUUCCUACAAGAGGACCAUCACUACAACUCACUAUAUUGAAACAGUCCCCGAUGUGACGAAGGUGAUCAGAGUGAUGGAAGCAGAACCAAAAGUCACCAAGGUGACCAGGGUCAUCGAGGGGGACCCGGAGUUCACCACGCUCACGAGAGUCAUCGAAAAGGAACCGACUGUCACCGAGGUGGUCAUCAAGGGGGAGCCGGUGGUCACAAAGGUCACCAGGGUCAUCGAAACCGGCCCAAAAAUCACCAAGGUGGUUGGUGAGGGGGACCCAUCCUUCACCAAACUGACCAGGGUCAUCGAAACCGGGGAUCCAAGAGUAACCAAGGUCACAAGAGUUAUUGAGGGUGGAGAGUUUGAUGCUGACGGGAAAAGAAUUCAAGGUGGAGCCAGGCACACCAAGGAGAACGAGCCUCAUAUCAUUGAGGGUCCAGACUUCUCAAAAAUCACCACCAUCCACGGCAACCCGGAUAUGAUCCUUGAGGAAUCAGAGAGGAUUACCAAACUCAUUAGAGAGGGAGGUAGAGGAGCACCCAGCAGAAGACCACCAGGUGGAGAGUUUGAUGCUGAUGGGAAAAGAAUUCAAGGUGGAGCCAGGCACACCAAGGAGAACGAGCCUCAUAUCAUUGAGGGUCCAGACUUCUCAAAAAUCACCACCAUCCACGGCAACCCAGGUAUGAUCCAUGAGGAAUCAGAGAGGAUUACCAAACUCAUUAAAGAGGGAGGUAGAGGAGCACCCAGCAGAAGACCACCAGCUGGGAUGAGGAGGGCGAGGCUGGUCCGGCGUCACCACAAGCCGAGGCAGUGAAUCCCAGCACAGCGCCGGGCUCACCGCGGGGACUGAAUGCACCUCGAGCGCUCCUGGUCGAGUGCUGGAGGGUUAAACUAUGGACCAACAGGGAGACAUCGAAUCAUUCUAGCUUUGUGAUUGUUCACCGUUCCACCUGGACCAUACUGUAUGUGAUAGGCAUGAUGUGUAAUAGCAUUGCAGUAACAUUAGAAAAUACCCUUCAUGUAAGUGUGCAUGGGAAAUAUGAAUUUGUGCCGUUGGGUGGAUGGUGUGUAAGGUGAGAUAUAUUCUACCGUAGAGAGUUUUUGCUUUUUUUAAUUAAAGUCAUGUCACUUUGUAAACUUGGCUUGGGAAGAGUUGUGUAUGCCUUUUUAUAUGGUGCUUGUUCUCUGUACAAUAGAUGCAUUUUAAAGAAACAGUGUUUUGCUACCAUUGAUGCUGUAUCGUACCUUUGUAAAUUAUCACAUGGUGAUUAAAAAACACAAUGAAUUUUUA